GGUGCAGUAAAAAUUGUUACAGUCUUAAGGUGCCACGAGGCUUUUUCUUGUUUCUACUGGAAAUUGUAACCAUGGCCUGAGAGAACAAUUUAGAAAAAAGGUUUGCUUACAUUUCAUACAGUUAAAACGUGGGUUAGAAAUAGUGUAAAGUCCUGACAUUUCCUUUUGCGGGGAGGGGAGCCAGCGCUGUCCAAUAACAGCUACGAGAACCUUGGGAUUCUCCGUCGUUUCACUGCUAUUGUUUAACACACACACACACAAAAUGACUAAAGGAACCACGAAGUAUUGCCUUCAGUCAAUAGAAAUUUAAAGUUUGUUAACGUCUAUGGAUAAAGAAGAAAGAGUCCGUUCGGAUGCUGUGUACCUCCCCUUUUGCUAUGACUGACAGGUCUAAUACGCUCCCCAUGCGAGUCCUUUCACGCUCUCUAUGGUCUGUCAUAGAGGCCUGGUUUGCCGAUGUCUCGGGAGGCUCCUACCGGUGUUUCCUUGACUGGGGAAGAGAUGGGCUCCGAGAGUCAUGGAGUAGCACGGUUGAAGGCAUAACUUGUUGCUGGUUUAGACUUCUUAAAGAUGUACUCAUGACUGCCGUCUUUAUAUGACUUUGCGAGUAUAUUGAAAUCUGCAGUCAGUGUAACAGCUCAUCCUUGAAAGAUGUGCCAUAAAACAAAUUGGCGGUUUUUGCUCCUUUAUGCAAGCCAGAAGGGCCAGGCAAAAGCCAUAGCUGAGGAAAUAGGUGAGCAGGCAAAGGAAUGUGGGUUUGAAGCAGAUCUUCACUGCAUCAGUGAGUCAGACAAGUAUAACUUGGAUAGUGAAAAGGACCCUGUGGUUAUUGUUGUUUCUACUACGGGUACAGGAGAGCCACCAGACACAGCAGUCAAGUUUGUUAAGGAAAUUAACAACAAAGCUUUGCCAUCGGACCACUUCUCCCAUUUACGAUAUGGAUUGCUAGGUCUGGGAGACUCGGAAUAUACGUUCUUCUGCAAUGGUGGGAAGAUAAUAGACAAACGAUUUCAGGAACUUGGAGCACAACGUUUUUGUGAGGUGGGACUAGCUGAUGAUGCCAUAGGUUUGGAAGUGGUGGUUGAUCCUUGGAUUGCUGGACUUUGGGUUGCCCUCCAUCAGGAAUUUGAAUCCAGAAAAGAAGACACAAACCACAGUGACAAGUCUCCAUCUCUUUGCGUUGACACAGUUUGUAACUCAUGCAUAGACUCCAGAAUGGAGCAUUUGAAGCUAGAGGAUUCAGGUGUGAAAAAUGGUCUUUUAUCAAAAGCGGUUAGGAAGACGGAACUUCCCAGUCAAGGCUCUCGACCUUCGCUUUCUCAAUCAGUACCUCCACUUUCACAGUCUGCUCUUAAUGUUCCUGCUUUGCCACCGGAAUACCUAGAAGUGCAAUUUCAAGAAAGCUCUGAGCAGGAUCCCAGACUGUGUUGUGUUUCAGAGAGCUCCGCUUUCCAGGUUCCUAUCAUUAGAGCUGUUCAACUCACCAGGGAUGAUGCAAUAAAAAGGACUUUGCUGCUAGAACUUGAUAUUUCCAAAACCACAUUCAGCUACCAGCCUGGAGAUGCCUUUAAUGUAAUUUGCCCCAAUUAUACCAGUGAGGUGGAAGAACUUCUUCACAUCUUGGGACUGUCAGAGAAGAAUGAUUAUGUGGUUUGCAUGAAGGUGAAGGCAGGCACUAAAAAGAGAGGAGCAGCUGUGCCACAGUAUAUACCAGAAAAGAGUACUGUCGAAUUCAUCCUGACAUGGUGUCUGGAAAUAAGAGCAGUUCUCAAAAAGGCCUUUUUGCGCUCUCUGGUAGAAUAUACUACAGAUGUUGGAGAAAAAAGAAGACUUCAAGAGCUGUGUAGUAAACAAGGAUCCUCUGAUUAUAAUACUUUCAUAAGAGAUGUUGGUGUCUGCUUGUUGGAUUUACUGCAGGCUUUCCCAGCUUGCAAGCCUCCCCUAAGUCUUCUUCUUGAACAUCUUCCUAAAUUGCAACCUAGACCCUACUCGGCUGCUAGCUCCAGUUUAUUUCAGCCUGGAAAGAUGAGGUUCAUCUUUAAUAUUCUGGAGUUCCCAUCCCACCUAGGCGAUGUGCGCAGAGGUGUGUGCACUGGCUGGCUGGCUACGCUGGUCGCCCCACUCCUUCAGUCAAGUGCAAAAGCUGAGGAGCUUUUACUUCCAAAGAUCUCCAUAUCUUUGCGUCCAGCCAACAUUUUUCACUUGCCUGACAAUCCAUCAGUUCCCUUUAUUAUGGUUGGUCCAGGAACUGGAAUUGCACCAUUUAUUGGUUUCCUACAACAUAGGCAGAAGCUCCAAGAAGAUCACAAGGAUUGGACAUUUGGAGAGACGUGGUUGUUUUUUGGCUGCCGCCAUAAACUCAGAGAUUACUUGUUUCUAGAUGAGCUCAGACACUUUGUUGAAAAUGGCACAUUAACUAAUCUGAAGGUUUCAUUCUCAAGAGACGUCCUAACUGCAGUGGAAACUGAUACUCCUAAAUACGUUCAAGAUAACCUUCGGCUUUAUUGUAAAGAGGUUAGCAGGAUUGUCCUGCGGGAAAAGGGAUAUUUUUAUGUGUGUGGGGAUGCAAAGAAUAUGGCAAAAGAUGUGAGUGACAGUUUAUUAGAUAUCAUAAUUGCAGAGAAAGGAGUCGAUAAACUGGAAGCACUGAAAAUGCUGGCUGUGUUGAGAGAGGAAAAGAGAUAUUUGCAAGAUGUCUGGGCCUAGGAACUGGCCACUCUCUGCUUUAGAUGGUUUGGCACUGAUGAUCUGUGGGAGGAGCCUUCUGAUCUCGGCUUCAGCCAUUUCAACUGGCCUGAAUAACUUUUUUAUGUGUACACUGGUCAGUGGUCACUCAAGUUCUCUUGUCUGGUAGUGAAUCUGUAUUAUCCUACUUAUCCUGCACAGUUGGAAGUAACUAAUUUCAGAAACUUUGCACAGGGAUAGGAACUCUUCAAAUAUGCCUUGUCUUAGUGCCAUCUAAUUUUUCAAGGAGAAAAUUCAACUUCUAUCAGUGCCUUUUCAUUUGUAGGUCUUUUCUGAGCAAAAGUUGACAGAUGGAACUUAUUUUCUGGCUUGGAGCAUUGAAUGAAGUAAAUAUUAAAAGCACUCUUAUAUGUGUUGAUUUUUCUCUUCUGGUGAUCUGGAGAUGUAUUCAGAAAUAAGGUAGAGGGCUGGUUAGGGAAUACGAUUUUCUUACUUACUGGUUUGCAAAGAUCACCCAUCCUUCAAACCCAACUUUUGCACCUUAGAAAGGAGGUGAAAAUUGUGCAGGAACUUCAAAAGUACUAUUAUUUAUUAGACUUUUAAAUAUUUCCAAUGCUUUGAAUCAAUUCGAAAUGAUUAACAGGGCAACCCUAUGCAUGUCUACUCAGAGAUAAGUCCCACUGAGUUAAAUCGGAUAUACUUCCAGGUACGUUGCCGUCUUUAUAUGACUACGUAGAAGGUGGAACCAGGAUGGACUGAUUUUAAAUCAAGUGAUCACCAUGAAAAAAGACAUUUAAACCACUAAUUUAAAUCAAGUUGCAUACUUAAUAAUUAAUGAAUUAACUGAACAGUGCAUACCAAUUGGUUGUUACAACAGAACAUACUGAUUUACAAUUAAAGUCUUUAUAUUAUCUUUGAGUAUCAUCCAAAACCUCUACGCAAUUCUGUGUGCUUAGAGAUAAUGGGAAACUUAACUGAUUAUAUUGGCAUGAUAUUAUAUGCAAUUCUACUAAGCAAGAUCAUUUACUUGAAGAUGAGGUCCACAAUUUAAUUAAUUAGUUGUAAUGAAUUUUGGGCCAAAUUCCCAGAAAUGAGGACAGUAAUUGAUCGUUAUUACUGGGCAAGGGAGAAGAAAAGCAAAUUUAACAUUUGGUUAAGUCAGAUAUUUAUAAUUUACUGUAAUAAUACAUGACCUGUUCGUUUGUAAUGCUCCCUUCAGAAGUCAAAUAUUCCUCCCCAUAUUUUUUUUCUUACAUAGAAAAUCAGUCUUUAAUUCAGUGUCUUUGAUAGAAGGUUGCAAAUUCCGAUUUCAUUUCAAAGUUAUUCUCAAGAAGUGAAAGCUUAAAAUUUUAAAAUCCGCUUUAGAAACAAAAAACACCAUCAACCUUUAUCCUCCCUGUUCGAAAUUAUAGCAUGAGGGUGGUCUAAAAGGAUCCUGGAGUAAAGUUGCAGGGUCAAUAAACGAUAUAUGAAUGUUGUUCAAUAAAGGAUAUGCUUUUGGAUUUGAAGAGCUAUUCCAACAGACUGAUUUUUGACUUUGAAGUUGCAUCCAUGGAGUUGUAUUCAAUGCUGUUGUUCAACUGGCGCAGCAGGCUUCCACCUAUGCAGUAGAACUUUUCCCUGCAGCCCCCACACACUCACCCUCAAAAUCUGCUCCAGAGGGUUGGGGGAUGCUCUGGAGCAGAUUUUGCAAUGCAUGGAGAAACCCUACACUCUUGCUGCAGUGGAUAAAACCCAUAGUUAUGAUUUUAAAUGGAAUAAAUAAGAUUCAAAUGAUUUUGUUGGGAGUUAGAGUAUAUGAAUAAUUAUUUUAAAUGGGUGGGACAAUGCGUUGAAAUUGGAUUGAAUCAUGGCCAGUGUUUCUGAGAAUGUGCAAAUUGAUCUUUUCAAUAAAAAAUUUAAAACAAACAA